GGGUUAAACUGUUUUCCGAUAAUUUACAUAUUUUAGCAAAAAUAUAAUAAUAAAAAUACUCACCUUGAACGCCGCCUUUCCUUGUUGAUCUUAUUUAUCAUAUUUUACCCAAAAUACCCAGUAAAUGUAAGUACAUGUAUUGUCAAAGCAGACAUUGCCAAUGAAAGCACCAAAUAUCGAAUCAAUUUACUAAUUAUCGCCAUUUCUGGAUGGCAAAAUAUAUACAUUAAAACGAAUUGAACAGUUCUACCUGUACGCAUACCUUUAGCCAAUCAAAGCGAAUCAUAAAUAUUACAUGUGCUUACAAGUCAUUUGUUAUAUAGUUAAGCGUUGUUUCUAUUUGCAGAUAUACGGAAAAAAUAACGAAAAUAAUAAAAAUGGCGUCAAAUAGCUUGGUUUUCUCGAUAACGAAACCCGAUUUUUUGCAUUCCAUUUCACAUUAUCAAUAGAAUCUUUCCCUCCUCCAACCUCUCUUCUCUUGCUUUUCCAUAUCGCCCCAGUUCAUUCUCUCAGCUGUUUAGCCCACCUGUCACAAAGUGACAGGGUGAGCUUUUGCGAUCGCUUUUCGUCCGGCGUCCGUCCGUCGUCCGUAAACUUUUACUUUAAAUGACAUCUCCUCAUAAACCGCUGAGCCAAUUUCAUCCAAACUUCACAGGAAUGUUCCUUUGGUGGUCACCUUUAAAAAUUGUUAAAAGAAUUUAAUUCCAUGCAGAACUCUGGUUGCCAUGGCAACCGAUAGAAAAAACUUAAAAUAUCUUCUUUUAAAAAACUCAAAGAGGUAGAGCUUAGAUAUUUGGCAUGAAACAUCUUCUAGUGAGUGUCUACCAGGUUUGUUCAAAUAAAAGCCCUGGGGGGUCAAAAUUGGCCCAGCCCCAGGGGGCCAUUGAUUUUCCCUAUAUGCAUAUAGUAAAAACUUCUUUUAGAGAACCCAGAGAGCUAGAGCUAAGAUACUUAGCAUGAAAGAUGUUCUAAUGGGUGUCUACCAAAUUUGUUCAAAUAAGAGCCCUGGGGUUAAAAUUGGCCCUGUCCCGGGGGUCAUUGAUUUUCCGUAUAUGUGUAUUGCAAAAGCUUUUUUUAAAAAUCUUCUUUGAAAAACCCAAAUAGCUAGAGUUUAGAUAUUAAGCAUGAAACAUCUUCCAGUUAGCGUCUUCAAAGUUUGUUCAAAUAAAAGCCCUAGGGUCAAAAUUGGCCCUGCCCGGGGGACAUUAAUUUUCCUUACAUGUGUAUAGCAAAAGCUUAAAAAUCUUCUUUGAAUAAAAACAAAUAGCUAGAGUUUAGAUAUUAAGCAUGAAACACCUUCUAGUGAGUGUCUUCAAAGUUUGUUCAAAUAAAAGCCCUGGGGUCAAAACUGGCCCCGCCUUAGGGAUGUCAUUGCCUUUAACUAUAUGUGUAUAGUAAAAACUUAAAAAAUCUUUUUUAAAAAAGUCAACGAGCUAGACCUUAGAUGUUUAGCAUGAAACAUCUUCUAAUGGGUGUCUACCAAUUUUGUUCAAAUAAAAGCCCUGGGGUUUAAACUGGCCUCGUUCUGUGGGCCUAUAUACAGGUGAGCGACUUCAGGGCCAUCAUGGCCCUCUUGUUUGAAUGUACAUUCUCUCCUGUUUUCCCUCUCUUCGAUAUAUUUGGAAAAAUUGAUUGCCACUACAAGUAUGUUACGGUUACCCCCCAGAUGUUAAAGGAAAUGAACCAGUGUAGUCUAUCGCAACCACAUCCAAUCAUACACCAUCAAUAAAGGAUGUCAUAGGUGCUCUUGGUAGUUUAGUUGUGCUUUUGAUUGUCUGCAGCGCAUUUGUCGUACAAGCGCAUGUGCCGGUGGUUCUAUGUUCCUGUGUCGUGUGGGGGUUGUGUUCAUUAAAGAGGCAUACCCUAUUAUUUUGGGUUUUUUAAUUAAAACCAAACAUAAACAGGACGAAUGACUUUAAAAAUACUCACAAUACCUGAACUUUUCAACCAAAUAUUCCAUAUAUUAACAAAGAUAUCAAUGAAAUACCAUUUCCGUUUUAUCAUCAUCAUUCGUGAAAAAAUUAGAUUUUAUUCGUCAGCUUUUUAUACUCGAUAAAUUACGGAUAUUUCCGUACAUUUCCGUUUUGUAAUCGGUAGAUUCAGCAACAGUAAACAUUUGACUCAGUAAAAUGGAUACAGAGUCCAAUACAAGCAGUGCAUCAGGUCAUAGUCUCAGGGGUGUAUUUGGAGGUGGCGUUAGAGGAACAGGUCGUGGAAGGGGAGGUGGACGAGUUGGAAGGAGGGGGGGACGUGGUGGAAGGAGAGGUGGAAGAAGAGGAUCUAUUGGUGGAAGGGGUCAAGUUGCUCAAGGGUCAGGUACAGGUCAAGUUGCAAGAGGGCGAGGUGCAGGUCAAGGUGCAAGAGGUCGAGGUGCAGAAAGUCAAGCAGGGCGUGGUGUUGUGAGGCCAGCUGAAACGGAAGAUGAGAGGAAAGAGAGAGUGAAGGGACUCGUGGAAAGUUUGGGAGGAGAUGCAGCAAAGGAAAUUCUUUGUAUGGCAGUAGACCGCCAGCCAGGUCUUAUUUUAGACAUUCUGGACAGGAUAGAGCCAGCCCAACCUGCAGGAUUUCAUCCCCAACCAGGAAGUCCAAGUCCUUCAUGGUGCUGUUGCAGUAAGUGCAGGGACAUGCCAACAGUGGAAGAAAGGGUGUGUUGUGGAUACACUCCAGAGUAUUGUUUAAGUCAAUUGCCAGUAA